AUGGCACAAAUCAUUCUAGGUCCCCACAAUGGCGUCAGAAUAAACGGCACUCGACCUCGAAGACCCAAGACUCGACGAAUCAAACCACCCAAUGACAGCCAAGAACAGUCGCUUCAACCUGAACAAGCUAUUCAGUCUUCUUCUUCUUCAGAAUCCAGUGUGGUAGCAUCGCCGUCGCCGCCUUCCCCGCCAUUGCCAGCAUGGACUCAAGAUGUUCAACUUUUGCAACCAUCGUCACCGUAUUUGCCGCAGAUACUCGACCUUAUCAAUACCAAUCAGUGGCAUGUCGAGAUACAACCCGAUAAUACCAUUUCCAUCAACUUGGAUAGCGUCCACGACUUGAGAGACUUUUUGCAGACACUCGGCGAACUUGCAUUUCAGUCGACUUUGGACUCUUCACCCGAUCUCAGUCAUCAUGAGAAUACAUCGAGAGGAAGUGCCAUGGUACGACGACGACGAGUAUUGCAUCCUUACAUCAAGUAUCAUAGUGAAUUGUAUGCCGAGACAAUAUGGCCUUCCAUCACUUGUCCCUCUUCUUCGGGUACCAACAGCGACAAUGGCAUGGAUGAGGAUCAGCAACAACAACAGCAGCAACAACAAAACAACAUACGUAUCGAAUGGCCAACAUUUUAUUCGACCUUGUCUACCAUCAUUGAUGAUUGUAUCCAUUACUUUGUUGAAUGCAUGAACCAUUAUUAUCCUGUGCGACCACGAAGGGUAAUACACGCAUGGUACAACAAUUUGGAGAACCCUCAAGAAGAUGUAUUCGCCUUAGCCAUUGGAACCUUUUGGUGUCGCCAUUUGCUGAUACACCAUCGACCUGCCAGCAUUACUCAAGAGCAAGAUAGUAAGAUUCUGGAUAUGAUACAGCAUCGUCUUGCGCACAUGACUCGGGAUGCCCUUGGAGAUUACUUUGAUGAACCCAACAUUGAUCGCAUCUUCGCCUUGUGUUUAUGCAACAUGACAACAGUAUUCUCAAUGGAGCAAAAGGCGACAUUUCAUACAUUGGCAGUGCGCAUGGCUACAGCAUUGGAUAUUCGACCUCGUACAAGAGAUGAUGAUGAUGAUGAUGCUCGUGCGGGUGAUACGAUAGAGUUGGAGAAUCGGUUAUGGUGGUAUCUCUUUCAGAUUGAUCAUUUCCUACAUGAAUCAGGUGCCAUUCCAAAGUCGAUGCUCAGUCCCAAUUCAGAUGAUCAUGAUGCAUUAUCACGCUUGGUACGACCUACUCCUUGCUCGCUGGACGAGCCUGAUGAAGUUGCUGGUGCCUUGGAAUGGGGUCACGUGCUUGAAUUGUGGAUCAUUCGUCGUCGUAUUGUUCGAGAAAUCGAGACUACUUUGGAUCGUGGAGACUUGCUCACCGAACACAUGUAUGACAAUGUCAAGGCGACACUCUAUGAUUGGAAAGCACGUAUACCAGAAAUGAUCAAGAGCGUGGAUGGUACGUCACCUUCAACCCUAUCUUGUCAUGGCAACAACAACAACAACAGCAGCAGCAGCAAUGGAUCCCUAUCCAUGACAGCUCUCGAAGAAUCAAGGCUAGCAGCAAGCAUGGAAUUCUGCACCAAUACAUGUUUGAUAUUACACCACUUUUGUCCACAUCAAGAUGCAGCCAUCAUAUCUCCCUUGGAACGACAAGCCAUUUUGGACAUGAUUGAAUAUUCAACAGAGAUGCUACGACUACGACGAGCUGUGUUGUCAUUUGCACCUUGUCAAACGUGGCCUGGUGACUUGAAACGAUCGAUUGAGAUUUUGAUGUAUUGCACAGAGUAUGGGGAUGAUUUGAUCACGGGUCGAGCCAAACAUGGUCUCAAUCAUGCACGACAUGUCUUACGCAAGAUGGCCGAAGUCAAGUGGAAAGAUCCAAUUUGUAUGGUGCUGAUCAAUGAUAUUGAACACGUUCUUUAUGCAUCACCUUCCUCUCAAGUCAACAACAACAACAACAACGUUAUGCAUGAACAACAUCAACAUCAACAUCACCAGCAGCCACAGCAACCAUCAAGGACAACCCAAAGAGCAGAAGAGGAUAAAAGUCAUCGUCGACGCAGCAUCAAAAUGGCCAACAAUAUGUACACAGGUGUGAUGAUGUUUGAUAGAGAACUACAACCUCGAGCACAAUAUUAUCGUCCUGCCAACACGUCCGACCCAUUGGAUAGCGUCACGGUGUUUGAAGAUGUAUCACGUUAUAUGAACUAA